AUGGCGACCGCUGAGCAAGAGUCAGAGCAGCGUCAACCGGACGAACAGUACCAAGCUGUCGAGCCGCAAUCGUCCCAAGUCACUACUUCCGAUGAACCCCCCAAGACCGAGCCUGCUGUCCGCUUCAAGUCGACUGUCGAAGAAAUCACCCCCGAGGGCACCACAUCGACACCUACCAUUGCACCAGAUGUCACCCUCGGCGAACCGGGUGAGGUCACCCCCGAGCAGCUUCGUGAUAUCGCCGAGAGGUUGAAGGCCUGUCCGCUGCAGGAGCGGAGGAUAGGCCUUUUCCAGUACGAGGCAUUCUCGCUUCCCGCUUCAAGGACACCUUCCCACGAAGAUGAAUCGAGAGCUCCCAGUCGCGAACAUACACGGAGCUCGGCAGGUCGCAACUCACCGCUUCUUACUCCGCACAUCAGGGGCCACGAAAUGCAUACACCUCCUCUCACGCCGGCUGGUACCGACAGCGUCGACCGAGAACUUCGCCGCGAAGGCGCCGUGACGCAGGAAAGGCGGAGUCAUAACCUCAUUACUCCUCAGGAUUCUUCCCACGAACCGACAUCACCUACCUCUCUCCGCCAUGUUCAGCUGCCUACACCCGACGAGCAGCUGCAAAGCUCUUCCAGGCCGACUUCGAUAGAUGCCCGAGAACGUCCUCAGAUCACUAUCGGUGAACAUCGCAGAGGGUUAUUUUCCGUUGGAUCCGGUAGCAGUUCUCCCAGUAGAUCUCAGCCUGCGUCCCGUGAAUCCAGCCCUUCCCGAGCGGUAGCCGCGUCACAGUUCUACACACGCCAACUACCUCCUCCCGGCGAUGUCAACGAUCCGUACUCAGCAAGCAAACGACCUGCGCAGAAAGGCAUCGAGCCUCGCUUUAUCUUCUCCAGGAAAAAGAACUCUUCCUCCUUGAGCCUGGUAUCCAAGGGCGACAAACGCUCAAAGAAGGAUCGCCAUGACAACGACGACGAGGCUUCGAUUCACAGCAGAAACAGCUCAAUGGCGGAUCUGAAGAGGUUCUUCAAGCUGGGGACUCACAAGAACAAGCCGAGACCGGCGUCUCCUGCUGCUUCUGUAAUGUCUACGCCCAAGACACCGGGAGUCAAGUCUGCCCAGAUUCCGUUCGGCGACGAUCACGGUCUCUCUUCCAAAUACGGAAAGCUUGGCAAGGUGUUGGGUGCGGGCGCGGGAGGAUCCGUGAGGCUCAUGAAGCGCAGCGAAGACGGUGUCGUCUUUGCUGUCAAGGAGUUCCGUCCUCGCCACUCGUACGAAACCGAGCGCGAAUAUGUCAAGAAGCUUACGGCCGAGUAUUGUAUGGGAUCUUCUUUGCACCACGGCAACAUCAUCGAAACCCUGGACAUUGUCCAGGAGAAGGGCAAGUGGUACGAGGUGAUGGAGUACGCCCCAUACGACCUGUUCGCUAUCGUCAUGACAGGGAAGAUGUCUCGAGAGGAGGUCAGCUGUUGCUUCCUUCAGAUCUUGAGCGGUGUCACAUACCUUCACAGCAUGGGUCUCGCGCAUCGGGAUCUGAAGCUCGACAACGUGGUGGUUAGCGAGCAUGGCAUUAUGAAGAUUAUCGAUUUUGGUAGUGCUCAUGUUUUCCGGUAUCCAUUUGAGACUAACAUUGUCCAUGCCUCAGGCAUUGUUGGAUCCGACCCAUAUCUUGCCCCCGAGGUGUAUGACGAGAAGAAAUACGACCCCGAGGCCGUCCCUCGAUUGACCGACAACUCGUUCAAGCUGUUCGCUGCAGAGCCUUCGUUCGGACACGACCCCAAGAAGCUGUUGCUCCCGCCUUCAGCCUCAACGUCAGCACUUAGCGAUAUUCCGUAUAGAGACUAUGACCCUCAGAGCAUCAGGGGAAGCAGCGACAAGAUCGACAAGGUCCAAGACGACAAGAAGACGACUCCCGAUCACAAGCCGACGGCGUCUACAACCAGUGUACAAGGAGAAGCUGGCAGCACCGGAGAGAAGAAGGAGGUUAUCCGCGGUCCGUGGAGAAUCCUCAGGCUUCUCCCGAGGGAAAGCAGACACGUCAUCGGCAGAAUGCUUGAUCUUGAUCCCAAGACUCGAGCUAAGAUGUCGGAGAUUCUUGAUGAUCCCUGGGUAGCGAACACAGUCAUCUGCCGGCAGAUUGGCCCCGGCAACGUGGCACACGCGGAUGACCACACACAUAUUCUCGAACCCCCAGCAGCACCUGCAGGCACCAAAGAUGAGAAGGCUAAACGCUAG